AUGGCGAACAACCAGAAGGAGGGAGAGGCGCCCAAUGAGGAGCAACUCAUCGGCAACCUCCUCGUAGAGACGGUGGAUGAUCGCUUUCUCAAACAGCGAUUUAACGUGGAGUUCGCGUUUCUUUGUGACACUACCGUUGACACGGUGCUGGACGACCUUGAGGAGGCACUGGCUAGCCUGGGGCUUCGCUCAGCGAUCCAGCGGGACCAAUGCGCCUUGUUGUACGACGGCGGCCGCACCACUUUUAGCGACGACAUCGCCAACACGGCAGCGGGGCGUCUGCAAGAGCACCAUAAAGGUGGCGACACACCAGUCGCAGAGGAUGGCAGUACUACAGUGCUGUCAGGGGCGGAUGUAAUCUUUAGAGUCCCGGAGGUGGAGGCCUUUUACGAUCUCAAUCGCCGCUGUGGUCUCGGCCGGGUUGCCACGUUCCGCGUUGUGAAGCGGAUGCAGGCUCCACUGCCGUCGCGUGGCACGUCUCACACACCGGUGGUAAAAGCAACACCUGCGAUAGAAGCGGACGAGGUCGCGAAGGAUGGGCUUGCAGUGUACCGGCUCCACCGCAAGUUGCAGUUUGACGAACUCCCACGUGAAGAAUUCUCCCCAACCGGAGAUGGUGAUAACAAUGAGGUGAGUAGCGGCUAUAAACACAACCUCUUGCGUGUUCGGCAGAUGGUGGCGGCGGCAGAGAAAUCCAUUUUAGAUGCUCGUCGACACCACUACCAACAACAACCACCCCGGGAGCCGCAUUGGUCCGUGCACUUAAAUACGCCACCCUCGCGGCAUGAGUGGCUUGGGGCCAUUGUGGCUGAGGCCGCGGCGUACGACCGCUUGAGGGCCAAGCUGGCGAAGGACACCACGCAACUCGUGACACAGCAGGAAACGUCACGCUGUACGUUAGAAAAGGAGGUGGCACAGCUCCAUCAACGCAUAGAUGGGGUGAAGACUAACGUUGUGAAGCGGCAGGUGUUGCAGGAGCGGGCUGAGGAACUGAAAAUAGAAAUUGAGGCACAGCGGGAAAAGGAGCAAGAUCUCCUGCGUUCUCUGGAGCGUGCGAGGACCAGUAAGUUGAGGCAAGCAACACCACCGGCCUCUGGUGCCUCUCCCUCGUUUGGUUUGUACGCCGAGCAGCAUCGGGGUUUGCAACUGCCACCAGCGGAAGCGUCAGCAUCUGCUCUCGGCACACCGUUGGCGUAUCAAAAUGGUUUGUUUUCCUCACGACGUGGCACACCACCGCCGCAUCCAGCACCUCCACCGACGCCACUGCCGGCCUCUGUGUCGUGUGAAUUUGCUCCAAAUUAUUCAACCAUUCAAAGUCCAACCACCGAGAUAGGUGCAGUUACGGGUUCUCAGUUUCUCUCCCCCUCACUACGCGAGGAUGUGCGCUACGCCUUGUCGUCCCAUAUGCGAUCUCCGGUCAAUGCUCAACAGUCCCAGGUGGAUUUCCAGCGGCUGCGUCACCUCGCUGAGGAGCUGGGAAACCAUCUACGGUCGCCGAACCCCGACCCCGCGGAGCGGCAAAGGCUUAUGGGUGGAAUUCGCAACCUUCGACGUGAGAUAGAGCAGCGGCGUGAAACCGAAUCUCGCGCGUUAUUGAACCUUUAG